AUGUUUCUAUUUCUCCUUAAUCUUUUUGAUGGUGCCGAUCCCAAUCGCACAAAACCAGUAAAUUUUCGUCAAUGCCCAGGUCAGGAGCAUCAAUAUUUCUCAUUAAAAAAAUUUGAAAUUUUUCAUCCAAAAGAUACAAGAGGAAUUCCAUUAGUAAUUCGAGCAAUUGCAGAACUAAAUCAUAAAGUGGAAGAUCCGAAGCUAGAAAUACAAUUAGUUAAAGGUAGAAUUCCUUAUUUCAGAAAAAUUGAUGAUCUUUGUCAACCCGGUAUAUUAAUAUGUCCUGCAUCAUUCUCACAACUCGUUUAUGGUAUACAAAUUACACUUUCUCCAAUAAUUCCGGUUGGAGAUUACACAUUACGGCUUAUUUUUAGAGAAAAAGAUAAAAAACUUUCAUGUUAUGAAUCGCAAAUGCCUAUUGUUGAUUUAGAUCUCGAAAGAUAUCAACUUGAAGCAAGGAUCAAAAUUGAAAGAGAAUUAUGGGAACAAUAUCGAAGAGAACAAGCAGAAAAGAAAGGUUAA